AUGACACCCGAGAACCCGCACGAGGAGCGGCUCAUCCUGGAGGACGUCGAGGCCAUCCCAUGCCCACGCGUGCUGCAGGACGCCGUCAUGACCAUCGUCCAGCGCAAACACGACCGCGCUGCCGCUGCUGCUGCUGCUGCUGCUGCCGCCGCCGCUGGCGAGGACACGAGGGAGCUGGACGAGGAGGCGCGGCAGACAGAGUUGCCCGCGCAGAUCGUGAAUGUGUGUUUCUCGACCAAGAACGAGCAUGCUGCACGGGAGUUCCGGAUGCUCGUGUUGGUGGAGGACGACGGCGAGGAACAGCAAGGAAAGGAGGGGACGAGCGUGGUGAUACCAUUGCGUGUGCCGUAUCAAUUUGCCGGUGGACAGGCUGCGCCUUUGGUAGGGACAAGCUUCGGGCCGUGCACUGCCAUCAGAGUGAGAAUGAUCAAGAACGAGGGCGGGGUGGGAAAGCCUGCCUCGAGGGCGCUGGAUCGGUUCAUGGAGAAGAGGUUGACGGUGGAGGAGGCUACGAAUCUAGAUUAUGCUAUGGACAUCAUGACGACCCAUGAGGAGGCAUAG